UUAUUUAAAAAUACGAUAAACACACAACCUGCUAAAACUAUAUUUAAGUUAUUAGUGAAUAGUGGCUACACAUUACACACGGUCCAUUAGAAGCACAUUAAAGGAAAUAAAGCUUUAUUAAGGACUAUGGAAAAAUCAUUAGAAGACAAAUUAUAUGAUUCAGUGCUUCAAGAUGAUAUGGAUGCAGUUUUACAUUUAGUAUCUCAAGGUGCAAAUCCAAACAAAAUUACUUGUCAUGGCAAAACAUCUUUGGGAGAGGCUGCUAAAAUUGGCAAUAAGAACAUAUGCAAACUCUUAAUAGAUGCCUGUAGCUCUAUCAAGAAACCAUCAACACAGGGUUGUACCAAGAAGAGGCAUUCAAAGUCGCAUAAAAGGAAAUUAAAAAGCACAGAAUGCGAAGAAACUGUUAUUAAAUGUAAAAAUUUGAGUGAUAGAACUUUCAAAGAGACUCAGUUAGGUGAAAAUGAUUCAUUGCGAGGUCAAAACCCAGAUAAAAAUCAGGGGUAUUUUGUAUUCAUACAUAGUGAAGGUUCCAGCAGUGAUGAAAGCAAGAUUGGUGGCUGCAAGUCUCCAGUUAGCCCUUCAUCCCUUGUUUCAACUCCUCAAGCUGAUUUAGAGUGGGAUGAAGAAAUAGGCAAUGUAGCUCCUACUACAAGUGAAGAUGAAACAUGGUCUUCUAUGUACAAAUGGUAUGCAGCAAUUUUAGAAUGUACUGGUGCUGCAAUUGCAUCUGCUUCUGUUCUAACAAAUGGUAUUGACCAGCAAGAUGCUUUUAUGAGAACAGCACUACAUUACGCAGUGGAGCAAGGACAUUCUGGAAUUGUUAAAUUAAUUCUAGAUGCAGGUUGUAAAAUUGAUGUCACAGCAGGUGAUGGGCUAACAUCCCUUCAUAUAGCUGUUAUGAGGAAUCAUGCUGAGAUAGCAAGGCAGCUGUUGGCAGCAGGCAGCCAAGUCAAUUACAAAACUCAUGAGAAAAUGACACCCUUACAUUUUGCAGCAUCAAGGGGCUUCUUGGAACUGGUAAAAAUUCUAGUCAAUAAUGGAGGUUACUUAGAAGCGCGAGACACGAGUGAGCGGACAGCGUUGUACUUAGCAGCAGGUAGAGGUCACGUGGACGUUGUCAAGUAUCUCAUAUCCGUUGGGGCUAAUGUGAACGGGGAAGAAAUUCAUGGCUAUACACCUUUAUGUGAGGCAGUUUGGCAGCGAUACACCAAAGUUGUGGAGGUUCUUCUAUUAUCGGGAGCUCGAGUGACACACUCGCACAAAUUACUGCACAACGCCAUUAUACAGCGCCAGGAGGAAAUAGUUCGAAUGCUUGCAAACUUAGGCGGUGGUAUAAACUUGCACAAUGAUAACGGUGAUACGCCCUUGCUGCUGUCGGCGAGAUUGUCUCAGCCUACAGUUGCUCGGAUACUUUUGCAGAAAGGAGCCAACGUGAAUUCAUGCAACAGCAUAACAGGCGCCAGCGCUCUGCACAUAGCCGUGGAGAGUAUAGAAUGUCCCAAGGAGUUUGAGGAAUUGCUCGUCUGCUUGAUAGAGUACAAGAUAGAUUUGAACUCUACCGCCCUUACUGGUGAUACAGCACUGAAUAGAGCUUUAUUACUGCAAAAAGAUCUUGCAGCCGUAUUAUUGAUACGACACGGCUGUGACGUGAACGCAUGCGAUUUGCACUCUUGUGGCCUGGACAAUCUCUCUAUCGCAAGUAGAAGACGAUCAAUACGCCUUGCGAGCUUGCUCUUAAAGGCCGGACACCACAUUCCGAUACCUGACCAGAACUCGAUACCCCAGGAAGGCACGACAAAACAUUGGCUAUACCACAUUUGUAAACAACCGCCUAGUCUAUUUGAUAUGUGCAGGAUAAAACUAAGACAAUUCUGCAAGAAGAGACCACUGUUUUCGUACGUGGAUUCUCUACCAUUACCCAAGAGUUUGAAAAGUUUUCUAAUGUUGGAAGAUGAAGGAAAUUCAGAUAUAUAUUGUACGGUUGAUUCGUAAAGUUUUCUUUUACUUAUUCUGUUUUAAAUAAAGAAAGUUCCGAUUUCUA